UGACAGGCUCGAGAGCCUUACCGGAAUGCACGAGCUGCAGAGAAAGUGAACGAACCGAUACAGAAAGAUGCAGGCGGACGAAAUGGAGGUACCUAUCAUUAAUAACACUAACAGUUACUGCAACAAGCAAAGGCCUCUGCCGAAUGGGAGAGAUGUGUUCAAGAAUCUGCUGAAGGAUUGGGAGAGCUCCAUGGAGUCCCCUAACCUGGAGUUUGAGUAUGGGGACACAGACAGCCAGACUGCUGAGCUCUCAGAGAUAUACAGUUACACGGAGGAGCCCGAGUUCGCCCUCAACAGGGACUACUUUGAGGAGGACUUCAGGAACCAUGUGCGGGGGAGGAGGUGGAUUGAGCUGGGUCAGGAGCAGCAGAGGGCCUAUGUGAUGAGACUACUAGAUGCUCUGGAGGUCACUGACCGGGACAAAAGGCUGAAGGUGGCCCGGGCCAUCCUCUACCUGGCACAGGGGGUGUUUGAUGAGUGUGACACGGACACGGACGUGAUCCACUGGUCUCGCCACAACGUGUUCCUGCUGUAUGACAUGGGCGUCUUCACCGCUCUCCUGGAGCUGCUGAGCAUGGAGAUGGAUAACAACCAAGCCUGCAGCAGUGCAGUGAGGAAACCUGCCAUCUCUCUGGCGGACAGCACAGAACUCAGGGUCUUGCUAAGCAUCAUGUACCUGAUGGUGGAGACCAUCCGUCUGCAGACAGAGGACGACAGGCCAGAGUGGAGAACUGCCAGAGAGGCCUUCAAGACUGAACUGGGUUCUCCUCUAUACAACGGAGAGCCAUUUUCCCUGUUGCUCUUCACCAUGGUGACCAAGUUCUGCAGUAUGAACGCCCCCCACUUUCCCAUGAAGAAGGUCCUGCUCCUGCUCUGGAAGACCAUCCUGUUCACCAUGGGGGGCUUCGAGGAGCUCCAGGAGAUGAAGGUUCGAGGGAGAGAGAGGCUGAGCCUGCCCCCCCUGCCUGAGGACAGCAUCAAGGUAAUUCGGAGCAUGAGAGCAGCCUCUCCUCCAGCCUCGGCAAUGGAGCUCAUCGAACAGCAACAGCAGGCCAAGAGAGGACGCCGCAGCCGCAGGAGUGCCUUUGUUGAUAGCUUGGAAGGAGACAGUCCCUUUCCCAAGAAGCAGCCCCUGGUAAAGCAGGACAGCCUAGACACGUACAACGAGCGAGACCCCUUUAAGAACGACGACGCACGCGACGAGGAGGAGGAUGGCGAGGAAGCCGACAGUGGCAUCGAGGGCGAGGUGGACCCCCUGGACCGUGAUGUCAUCAUCCAGCCGCCACCCCCACCUCCCCCGCUCAGACCCCCCACUGAGAGAGCGUCCCUCCCCAAGGGUCUGCCCUGGGCCCCCAAAGUCAGAGAGAAAGACAUCGAGCACUUCCUGGAGACCAGCAGGAACAAGUUCAUCGGCUUCACUCUGGGAAAUGACACAGAGACACUGGUCGGUCUUCCUAGGCCCAUACACGAGAGUGUCAAGACCCUCAAACAGCACAAAUAUGUCUCUAUAGCUGAGAUGCAGAUCAAGAGGGAAGAGGAGCUUCAACAGUGCCCCAUGACCCUGGGAGAAGAGGAUGUGGAUGAGACCCCAACAGAGAUCCUGUAUCUGGGAAUGCUUCCUAACCUGUCUCAGUAUGUGAUUGCCCUUCUGAAGCUGCUGCUGGCUGCUGCACCUACCUCCAAGGCCAAGACUGACUCCAUCAAUAUACUGGCUGAUGUGCUGCCAGAGGAGAUGCCAAUCACGGUCCUCCAGAGCAUGAAGCUGGGUAUUGACGUGAACAGACACAAGGAGAUCAUUGUCAAGGCCAUCUCUGCACUUCUGCUGCUGCUCCUCAAGCACCUGAAACUCAAUCACAUCUACCAAUUUGAGAUUGUCUCUCAACACCUGGUGUUUGCUAACUGCAUCCCACUCAUCCUCAAGUUCUUCAACCAGAACAUCAUGUCUUACAUCAGUGCCAAGAACAGUAUAUGUGUGCUGGACUUCCCUCACUGUGUGGUCCACGAGAUGCCUGAGCUCACGGCUGAGAGCUUGGAAGCUGGAGACAGUAAUCAGUUCUGCUGGCGUAAUCUCUUCUCCUGCAUCAACCUGCUGAGGAUCCUCAACAAGCUGACUAAGUGGAAACACUCCAGGACCAUGAUGCUGGUGGUGUUCAAGUCUGCUCCCAUCCUGAAGAGGGCGCUGAAGGUCAAACAGGCCAUGAUGCAACUGUAUGUCCUCAAGCUGCUCAAGAUCCAGACCAAGUACCUGGGCCGCCAGUGGAGGAAGAGCAACAUGAAGACCAUGUCAGCAAUCUACCAGAAAGUACGACACAGGCUCAAUGAUGACUGGGCCUAUGGCAACGAUAUCGACGCACGGCCAUGGGACUUCCAGGCGGAGGAGUGCGCCCUGAGGGAGAGCAUCGAGAAGUUCAACAGCCGUCGCUACGACAAGAACCAGAACGGCGAGUUCGCCCCGGUGGACAACUGCCUGCAAAGCGUUCUGGGCCAGCGCGUUGAGCUGCCGGAGGACUUCCACUACAGCUAUGAAAUGUGGCUGGAGAGAGAGGUGUUUUCACAGCCUAUCCAAUGGGAGGGUCUACUACAACAGGCCCAGUGAGCGGGGAGGACACAUACCAGGGACACAAGCCUACGACUACUGUGAUCUUCAUGUAAAUAUGUGGCGGAAAUAGAACAUCAGUUUGUAGUCACCUGUAUCCAUGCAGAAAUUGUACAGUAACGGUAUAGACAGUGAUAACGAUGUCAUGGCAACUUGGCAGGAGCAGGCUCUUACAGUACAAGCUAUGUGGAAUACUGUCACUAUUCUGUCAGUCACAACAUCCAAUCCAUCCACUAUGUCCAAACCACCAGUUCAUUUUUUUUCUCUCACUCAAUUUGAUUCGCUUCUGUGCUUUGUGGAAUAAUUCAUUUUAAAACCAUGGCAUGUCCUUUUUUUAAAGAAUUAAGUACUGACACUGUUCUUAGUUUAUGUUGUAAUGUUUUGCAUGUGUAUUUAUUCAUGAUCACAGCCAUUAUGUUUUAGUUUGUAAAUCUCAUAGGUGCAGAUGAUAUUGUGGUUGAUUUAUAUAUUUCUAGAAAAAAGGGCAUUUUUGGAAAGAUAGUACUGUGUAUUAACAGGCUAACAAUUGAUUGAUUGUUUUCAAUUAAAAAUAGUAAAACGUAGCAAAGAGCAAUUUCUCAAGCAAGAAUUUUGCUUGGUCUGUCUGG